AUGGCGCCCCAGCUCUUCCCCGCGAAUCCUUCAGAGGUCAUGGUGAUCCGCAAUGUGACUUCCAAUGUCAUCACCUUAAGUUUGCCAUUUGCGCGUUUCGGUCGGCUCAAGUUUGGUGGACGUGGUACACUUGUUAAAAUGGAAACGGGUUCUGUCGCUGUCUUCUCUCCUGUUAAUCUGACCCCAGAAGUGCGCGAUACCAUCACCGGUCUCGGUGGCAAUGUCAAAUACAUUGCGGCUCUGGAUAUGGAGCAUCAUAUUCACUUGACUGCGUGGAAAGAGGCAUUCCCUGAUGCUGCAAUUAUCGCUCCCGAAGGGCUCUGGGAAAAGCGCCAGUCGAACCCCAAAACUAAGGACUCUGCACCUUUCGAACAUGUUUUCCGAAAGGAUGCCAAUGGACAGCAGAAGAUUUCAGAAGAAUUUGACGCGGAAUUUGAAACGGAAUAUGUGCAUGGCCACCCUUCGCGCGAACUUGUCUUCUACCAUCGCCCGUCCCGCACACUUAUCGAGGCGGAUCUUUUGUUCAACUUGCCUGCCAGAGAGCAGUAUUCUAGGACCCAAGAGAGCGCCACGUCGGGCAUUUUUACCAAGAUGGUCUCUCCAUUGAUGUCCGCUUCUUCACCUGCGACUUGGCAAAAGAGAUUUGCCUGGUAUAUCCUGUCUAGUGGAGAUCGGCAGGCAUUCACAGAGUCCAUUCGCAGAAUCGACAAGUGGGAUUUCAAUCGCCUGAUUCCUUGCCAUGGGGACGUGGUCGAGAGCGGCGCGAAGGGGGUUUUCCGCACCGUCAUGGAAUGGUUUCUUGCUGAUCGGAAGCAUGUGUAG